CGCCCUCCGCAGUCUACAUUUGCCUCGGUAGUCGCGAAGGCUCUGCUUUUGGUUUGUGUCCGUUUGCGAGAGAGCAUUGGUAGUCGGGUGCGGAGAUUGGCGUCUGGGCGAAGGGAAGCGUUAAUGCUGUCCAAUCUGUUCAACCGUCGUUUCUCUAGCGACAUAUGUGGAGCUCUGACAUUGUUUCUUAGUUGCCAUUGUUUCUAUGUGUUGUUGCGCGCUUUAGUGAUCCUCCGGUUGCCGUAAUCAAUUGGUCGUGCGGGGAGGUAAUCUCAUAGAUUAUCUCUUGACACUACUCUUUAUGCGGACGGACGUGGUGGUCUUGCGAACUGUGUCCUGAACCUCUUGAAUUUCUCCCUCAGAAUUGUAUUGUUUAGGUGCACGUGUCUUGGUCUGCGCUCCUGUACCCUGGUUGAUGGUAUCUGCGAGUGUGGGAGUAUCCGUGAUGAAGUCGUCGGUGCUAUCUGAAAUGUAGCGUUGUCCGCUGUCGCGUUGAAUUUUUAUGUUAACAGUUACGGCGGUCAUUUAGCGAUGAAGUAAUGCUUAGAGGACGCUUUCAACCUUUUGUCUUCGUUGCUGCAAUCGUCAUUAUUGGGCAUUUAAUGUAUUUCGAAUUCGCUACAGCAGCCAUUGAGCAAUUUUCUCAGAUGAGCGUGUUGUGUGCUUCUAGAUAAGAUGUUGAUAAAUCUCACCGAAGAAGAGAAGGCGAUAGACCCGAAACUUGGGUAUCCUUCUGGUUACGCGAAACUGUGUCACCAUGCUGUGACUCAGCCCCAAGGAGUUCUAUCUCCUUUUGCUGUAGGCCCUCCUCAGCAAUUUGUGCCGUAUGCUGCAUCGGCUGAAGAUCUUCAAUUACUGAAGGAUUGGGAUGUCAUCUUCCCCAUUGUACCGGAGAUUGACAAGGAGGCACCCGAUGCCCACGUGUAUGCCGAAGAACUGUGGGAGCAGCUCGAUCACCUCGGGAAUGCUGGGUUCGAUCCGGCUAAGUUCAGAGUGGAUGCAUAUGGAAAUGUUUUGUAUUGGGGUGCCGAUCCCUCGUCUCCACUGUCCUGGGAGGUGGAUCAUUGGUUUCCACACUCACGGGGUGGACGCACUGUGCCAAGCAAUUUGCAGAUAGUGCAGUGGCAAGCACGGCAACGCAAAAAGAACCGGCUGGAGUUUCUGGUACCAUGGUGGGAUCUCCAGCAUGGAGUGUCCAUUACCCAAUUUUUGUCCACUUUUGCUUCCAAAAACGCCGAAUUUAGGAGGAGGUCUUUUGGUUUUUUUUUUGCCGGUGGAGAGGAUGAGAAUGUUGUUCGACAUCAUGUGGGCGACUGCCGACCGUGGCCGCCUCAAUUUCGUGGGAAGAAAGCAACAUGCGGAUUGGCUGGAGCCGCAAUUGUGUCGAUGAAGAAGCAUACACAGGAAACCUCAAGGAUCUCUUAUUCCCAGAGGUCUGCAAUCUUGUCAAGCAUCGAGACGUCACUGAAUGAACCUUCGAGUCAACUGCGACGAGGCCUUGAGGAAGACGACGGGUUAAGAAGGGGGCAGCCGAAGCAUGGACCUGGAAGCUGGAUGGAGGGCAAGGAUCAUGAAUCAAUACUAGUCAACCGGUCCGCUUCUCAUAUGAAAGAACAGCACCGUGUAAUGAAGGAACUGGGUAAGGAGAACAACCCGAGUGAGUCUGCUGCUGUUGGUCGAAAUGAUUACGACAGACAGUCAGUUGUCUCCAACACAAUGCAAAAGGAACUGCGUCUAAAAAUUAUUAGAGAAGAAGCCAAGAAAGAAAAGCUACAAGAGAUUGCCCAGCUCGAGGAGACAGUUCGAACGUUGAAAGAGCAGAACGAGAAGGAAAGGGUGUCCAUUCUAGAGCUGGAGGGUAACUUAUCGAAACACAAACAGAAAGUUGAAAAGCAGAGGCGAUGGGCUGAGACCCAGUCUUCGUAUCGUCUGUGUCUGGAGCGCAUGAUUCGAGAUACUAUGCAUCAGAGUAUUUCUUACAAAGAACAAGCUCGUCUUAAUCAAGCUGCAUGCAAUGCCCUCAUGGCACGCCUUGAUUGCCAGAAAAUGACUUGCGAUGUUGCUGAAAAAGAUCUCCUUCAGCGAUACUCUCAAAGGGAGGCCUUGGCUGCUUUGGUCAAGUCGGAUUCUGGAGGGACCACUCAGAAUAAACCAUUAAGGGGUCAAGAUAUUGUGGAUGUUAGCAGUUGUCUGUCGCUAGUCACGACGAAUGAUGGCCAGGUAGUGACACCCGCCAAAGGGUUUCCUCUUGCGAAUGCGUCUCAGCAUACCAGCGACGACGAGGACGGGGAUGAAGACCCUGAGAGUGCACAGACGUCGUGUCGGCCCUCUAUGGAGAAUCCUAUUUCGAUGACGACUGCCCAGCAGCCGGAAAACCCAUCCACGAACAACGGAAAAGAGACGUCUCGGAGCAAGAGGAAAGCUGCCUCAAUUGGUGUGGCACACAGCCACCCCCCUAGACAAACGGCUCUUCGUCGACAUUUUGGGAAAGAGCUUGAGGUCAACUGCGAGCUGCAACGCCAAGCUGAGGGUGCCAAAGAUGUAGAUGAGCCAACUCAUCUUCCUGCAGACGAUAGUUUUAACAGAAUCGAGAAGCUAGCUGAGCAAGUGCUUGAUGUUCCAACUAUGAUGCAAGAAACUCAUCGUCAAUCAAACGUUGGGGAUAACGACAAGGAACUUAACGCCAGGUCGUUAAGUUUUCACAGCGAUUCCAUGUCUGAGGCUGCCACAUCUUUCAUCACGCUCUCAGUCAGCAAACCUUUCGAUAAUUCUCUACAGAGCAAUGAGGUGGAAUCACCUCCACAACAUGAAGAUGACUUCAAAGGCACUGACGAAUUGUUGCAAGAGGUCAUAACUACACAUGAGGACAAGAUAAAGAGUGCUGAGUCUGCAGCUCAGCUCACAGACUUAGAUGACGAAAAAAUGAGGGAAAUUGGCAAGUCCAAUAUCGAUAAGUGGUUAAAUGUGUUGCUUAACCAAGAAUGCCCCCGGUUAAGCCUAGAUGGCGCAGAACACUCGGCGGGUAGACUGGACACUCACCAUUCCCCCCUUUCACCGGCCAUGUCGACCUUAAGCAUGGACGCAUUACGAGGGAGUGAAGAGCUUGGCGAAGGCAGGACUGAUGGUGUUCUCAAGGUUGACGUGGGAGGAUUGAAAGAGCAAACUGAUGUGGUACGGAAAUCUACUGCUAAGCAAACUGACUACGAGGUUGGUUUGGCAAUGUCUCCACGAGCAGACAAUAGGCACAACCUAAGAAAUGCCUUGAAAUCCUUCGAAGAUUUCAAGAUGAAAGAUGGAAUGUUGGAUGAGCACCUGCACUCAGGAUCUGAAAGUGGCGCAAGCUCAAGCAAUUCUAAUCCCCAAUCCGCUCGACAAUUUCUUGAGAGUGAUAUGGAGUUGAAAGGCCAAGUAGAUCGGUUUAACGAUGCUGCUUCCAUAACGGUGAAGUCUUCGUACAGCAGAUCUGUGAAAGAAGAAUCCAAUUCUACGCAAUCAUCUGUGUUUCACAAGAAGUCAGCGUCAGAGGACAUUGAAAUCGGGGAUUGGGAGAAAUAUGUGAGCGGAGGACUCGACGGGCUUUCUCAUUCUGCAGACCUAAAAGAUUGCCUACAUCCGAAGCAUAGUUUGCGAGCCACUUUGAAAGCAUGCACUCUGAAGUGGAAAAAGGCUGCAAAAAAGCUGGAUAAGCCCUUACAAGAGGGCUGUAUCCCCCUUCAAGAGUAAGGGAAACAAUCGGCCACUUCUAAGAAGUACCUUAGCUGAUCUCAGCACGUCGCCUUAAAUCCCUCGACUACAUUCGAAACUCUCAAUCUCGAAGUGCAGUUAUGCCAUCAUGAGCUUGAUGACUGCCGUACACACGACUUGCAGCUCCCACUCUCCUGGCAUGGUGAGAAGAUCUAAUUCAUGCCGCUCUUCAGGGUCAACAUGAUCAUGGUACUUAAAUAUUCCUGGCCCAUCUUACCUCAGCUGAACAUUCCUUUUGGAGUGCAACUCAACAUUACUUGAAUCUGUCCUCAAUCCGCACGGUGUAUUGUAGGAGAGACGGUCAGGUUCUACCCUCACAUGAACCAGAUCCCCUCUUCGCAUGCAUUCCAACUCCUGGCACGUAUUUAUAUUUCCCGACGAAAACCCUGUGUGCACACUUUUCCCAGCAACCAACAUGCUCUGGAGGUAGUCAGAGAUUGUGAAACUUAUUACAUCCUGUUCUGUAAGUAAGGAAAUCUAACCCCAACAAUGUCAAUUGCUAUUGACAGUGUACAAGUAGAAAGCUGCCUUGUCCAGGUGGUGUGUAAUUUUUCCCACAUUGAAACAGGGGUUACUGUCUUCUCAUCACUGCUCAGUACAUCACAUUUUAGUGUUCAGACGUUUUUUAAUAAAUCAUGUGUAUUACACGUUAACUGCCGCAUACAAAAAAAUGUUGAUAGUGAGUCGAAGAAUAGCUUUCAGUGGAUAUUCAUGCAUUAUGUUUCUAUGUUGUAGCGAUAUAAAUUCAUUGCACUUCCGGCUCCCA